AUGAGGAGGAACACGUCACAUUCCCUUACAUUGCGGCCAGAUUCAUCCACGUGCCUAUGCCCCGAAUAUCGCGGUGAUAGCUCGAAGUAUACAUGUCUCUUGGCACUUGACAAGCAAAUUGACUCUCGUAUGUCACCAAUCGUUGCUAUUGCGCCGUGUUGUCCAGAUAUCGGUGAUUGUGAAGGCAUACAGCAAAGACGUCCAUCGACUCUUUCGGCUACUGUGUGCUACAAUUUAUCGAUCUUCCAGCGAGACAUCAGAAGAGGAGACCAGAAAGAAUAA